GCGGGUGUUCCGAGCGUGUCUGAGGUGACUGAGGCGCUGAAAGUGCUGAUCACCCCGAGAGAACCUGGAUCAGCAGCUCACGAUACGGAUAAACAAGCCGCCUUAAUCAGAACAUUGCAGCUUCACGUGGCCUCUCUGGAGGAAGAGCUGCAGAGUGGCCCUAAGUGGGAGAACCUGCGAAUCCUGCGGACAAAAGUCUUAGAGGACACCAAGCUGAUACAGGACGGCUCAGAAGCCGUGGCAGAUCCAUCGUGGAGGUUCACAUUAGAGGCUCUGGUGCUGCUUCUGUGUCUGAAGGAGUGUAUGCUUCAAUUGGCAGCUUCAUUCAAACCUCCUAAACCCAACCUAAAGACCCCUGAGGCUGCCCCAGUCCUGAGCCCAGAUGCACUCAGUAUCACCCAACAGAAGAAUGUCCGCUCAGCGCUCCAGUUUGUGGUUUCUAUGGGCAUCUGUCCUUAUCUCCUGCCUGGCAUCGGUCUUCCACUACAACAUCGCUCAGAAUUUGGAGCUCUCGUGUGUUCAAUGGUGUCUCAUGACCUGUCUAACGUUCGUACCCAUAGACUGUAUAUUACCUGCACUACCUUACUGGAGGUGUCUCAGCAUCCAUCACUGGGGAGCCUUCUCUUUACACAACAUCUGGGGGAUCUCAUGGCAGGACUGUGCCAGCUCGGGUACUGCCCAACCAAGACAAAGGCCGAGCCGGUUACAGAAGGCAGAGUGAAGAAUUUGACAGAAAGUGAGAGGAUCCAAUGUAAGGAGUCCCUGAGGGGCCUGAUAGAUCAGCUGUACCAGCCACUAGUAAUCAAGGAACUAAUAAUCCUGCAAGGAGGACCCAGACAGGGUCCACAUCCAUCAGGAACUUCAUCCUCAGUGCAGAGGGCCCCGGCUCCUGCCUGGUUGCGCCGUUUGUCUGGACAGCUGCUGUCUGAUAGAUUAAUGAGACCGAAAGGGGUUCAGGCUGUGGUUCACGGGAUUUUAGCAGGAGCUGGAGCUGGUGCUGCUGGGGGAAGAGAUGCAGAAGCUGCUGCCAGCAACUGGAAGAAGUGUGAUGCUGUGGCCAAGAUUCUGGCCUCAUGUCCUCAGCAAUCCCUGACUGUGGAACAGUAUUACCAGAAGGUCUGCCCACAGAUUCUGGAUUUGCUGCACAUCCAAAACAUGUUGACAGCACGUCAGUUUCAGAGAGUGGCCACGGAAACCAUGCUGAAGAUGGGGCGUGAUCAUCCAGACCUGGCAGAAAAACUUCUAAUUCUGCCAAUGCUGGAACCUCUGUUGCGUUGUUCUGUGCUACAGGCAGAAAAGUCUUCAUCCUCGGGAGAAAUUUUGGUGUCAGAAUUAGAACUGUCUCAAUGUGUGGAGGACAUUGUUAAGGUGUUUGUAGUUGGUAACGACGCCACGCCAACCAUUCUGAACUACACCAAACGGGUCCUCUCCACAGUCUUCUCCUUGUAUUGCUUUUCUCGGCAAAACGUAUCUCACUUACGGUCACCAAGCCAGGAUAUCCUCCUGUGGUUCCUAGAGAAAUCGGACAGAGAUUCUGCAGUUUCCGCACUGGCAGGGCUGAGUGGCCUGGAGGAAUGGGUCCCUUCUCUGCCUCCCUAUUGCCACAUCCAGCCAGGAAGCCAUGGUGGAGCGGUCAUCACUGUUCAAGAACAGAAAAAUGGUGAAGAUGACGAUGAUAUUCUGUAUGAGAAGGUGUCUUCGGAUCAGUGGAGGAUGCAGUGUUUAGUGGAUUUACUGUCUGUGAAACCUCACACACCGGACUGGCUGCAGACUUCUUCUUGUACUGCCUAAAGAAGCUGACCCCCGUAGCACCGGUAGAAGAAAGUGAAGAGCUCAGACAUAGCUCAGGGGACAGCUUGCUUGACAUUGAGCGGAAGCUAACACUUCGCUACCAGUCGCAGGAAAAAUACCUUCAGCUCUUGCAGGUUCUCUCUGUGCUGUGCGAAAAGAUCUCCGACUCCAUCUUCACAGAUGUCAAGCAGGUGGUAGAAUUUGUGUUGAUGACUCUAGAGCGGGCCUGUUCAAGUCUUUUCUACCCCAGAGGGAGUUACAGUAGCAACACAGACGCUGAGUAUGGCCAUGGGGCUUGUCGCUGCCAUGCUGGGAGCAGUGGAGUUGACUUCUACAGAUUUCAAGCAUCUCAAGCGUUUACUUCCAGUGCUGGAAAACGUGUCCCGCUCCCACCCCAGAGCCGGUUAUUCAGGAGCUGGCAAGUGACCUUCGUGUUGCAAUUGCCACACACUGUGCGGUCCCACUCAUGCAUGGAACCUAUGCUGACCACAACACAGACAAAAUGGAAAGCAAACCACAGAAGCCCAACAGAGAUCACCUGACUUCUGACAUUCUGAAUAUCCAGGAGCUGCUGAAGUCAGCAACAGACGGAGAUGUCCCCACAAGAGCGGCAGCCCUGCGCACCCUCACUCGGCUUCUGGAGCAGAAACAUCCAAAAGUGACAGAACACAGGGAACAGGUGAUGCAGUUGUUCUUGGAUAACUUGGAGCAAGAGGAUUCCUUUGUGUACCUGUCAGCAAUUCAAGGUGUCGCUGUACUUUCUGGGGACAUUCCAGACCGCGUCCUACCUAUCCUUCUUGCACAGUACAACAAUUCUGCAUCAUCCAACAGCAAGACACUGUCUCCUGAGACCAGGAUGAAAAUGGGGGAGGCACUGAUGAGGUGCACUAGAACUUUGGGAGACAUGGUCAUCCCACACAAGAGCGCCUUAAUUCACGCUUUCCUGAGGGGUUCCCGGGAUCCAGACAGCUCUCUGAGGGCCAGCAGCCUUUCUAACUUGGGGGAGUUGUGCAAGCUGCUCCAAUUUUCUUUAGGUUCAGUUGUCCAUGAGGUGAGCUCCUGUUUAUCAGCGCUGAUACGUACUGAUCCAGAGGCUGAGGUGCGCCGGGCUGCUAUUCACGUGGUGGUGCUACUCCUAAGGGGACUGAGCUCACGAGCCACAGAAGUGUUACGUGAUGUUCUCCUGGAGCUGUACCGCCUGCUCAAGUUUGUGGUUCAGUGUGAAUCGGACUCUGUGUCUGUUCUUCAUGCCCAGCUAGGCCUGGAGGAACUGGACUCUAUCAUGAGAGCUUUUCUAUUCCCACCACAGAAGCUGGAGAAGAAAAUUGUUGUUUUACCAUAA